AUGUCUCUCGUGUGGACAGUUGCUGCUGUAGCGAUCAUAGUUAUCCUCUUGAAGAUCGUAAUUUUUCUCGUGGCGAUGGUCAUCUGGCAAGCGAAACUUCUCCGCAAGUCAAAAAAGAAAGAACUUUAUAUAGAAGUAGAGGCUAUGCGUCGGAAGCUGGAAACGGAGAGGGAGAUAUCUAAAGCGUAUUUACGCGAUCUAACCGAGAUGACAUCAGAGCUUAAAAAAUUUAGGAUAGGAAGGCUGAAAUUCUUGAAGUCAAACAGGGUAAAUCCCAAACCUAGGGAGAAAUUUGGACUAAUCCCUGGGAAGAAUGUGACUCUCUCUGUGAUAAAGCUGAUUGUAGAGCCUUUCAACUGA